CAGGAAUAUGCUGUUGCAAUAGUGCUCCAAUUAUUGAAAAUUUUUGUGUAUUGUAACAUACACAAACAUUUCACCCUGUACUAUUUUUCGUACAAUUGACUUAUUUGUAAGUAUUUAUAUAUGUAAUAAAUGAUGGUCUUGUUAAAAAACAUUUUUUAUCACGCAUUAGGUCCCAAAGGGUUAAAUGAAAAAGGUUUAGCACACGAUCGUCUCUCCGUUCCCGUUCGCCUGCAAUUUUGCAUAUGCGUGCAUGUCGUAUUUCUCCGACACGAAAGAGGACCCAUUCACCCUUGUUUACAACACGUGCAUCACCAUGGCGAUCGGCGGGCGGCGCGUAAAUAAAUGCAUAAGUUCGUGGGCCGGCUCGCUGCCCCAUUUCAUGCCCCAUUUAACGCAUUUUCCCGCAAGCGAACGCACCGAAGCGGACAUGGCAGCGCGGAAGUUACGUGAGGAAAAACACGAUUUCAAUCAAAAUUUGAUCGAGCCGCCGAGCUCGUUCGAGAAGUUGUGCGACACGAUAAAGAAAUUGGAAAAGGAUAGCAAUAUUGAAAUCGCGGAGUGCGAUCGGGUGGAUUUACUGGCCGUUGAAGUCAAGUACGAUGCUAAUCUCGAGCCGGCAAUGCGCAAGUACUCGGGACAGAUCGAGCCGGAGAAGGAUGUUGCCGUGAACAAAUGUGGGUCAAUUGCAACAACUUACGAAGACAUCAUGACCUUCUUAGGAACGCUAGAAAAUGAAGACCCACCGGGGACCGACAUCGCUGCUAAUAACGUGACAACUGUAUUCUCGUCCUGCCAAAAUCCUAGUAGGUGCGAGGCGCAGAGUCUCGGCUGUCAACGGGACGACUUGGAGACCGCGAGGUUGCAAAUCGAGGAGCGAAACGCGGCGAUAGAGUGUCUGAAGGAUCAAUUGAAGUCCGAGCGCAAGGCGGCGUGUGAUAAAAUGACGUCGCAGAAACGCCAUCACGCUGCCAGGACGAAGGAGUUGGAGAACAAGUACAGGACGAUCGUGAAGCGCCAUCAGAAGUUUAUCGAGCAGCUGCUCGCCGAGAAGACCGAUCUCGCGCAGAAAUGCGACUCUCUGGCGCGACAAAUUAAAGAGAUGGAACAGAAGGUCCAGCGAGACCUGAAAGCAAUUAGCGAGAGGCACGCCGUCGAACUGCAACGCGCGAAGGACAAUAUAGCAGCGUCCGAGAAGAUCCGGCGCGAACGGUGGCUGGAAAUGAGAACAUCAAAGAUCAAAGAGAUGACGGUAAAAGGGCUAGAGCCAGAAUUGCACCACAUGAUGGAGCAACAUCAGCAGGAGAUACAGCAGUUAAGACGUGCGCACAUAAAAGAAUUACAGGAUACGGAAUUGCGCGCGAUGCGCAGGUCGAAUCAACAAUUGGAGCAAUUGCGAAUCGAGUUGACGGACAGCCACGAGAAAAUGUUAGCCAAGGAGAAGGACAUAUUGGCAGCAAGGUACAAGGAGAACCUGGAGGAGCAAGGGGCACAUUUUCAGGCGCAACAAAAGACAUACGCGGAGCAUUUCGAAAGAGAGAAAUCGAUGCUCAUUGCAGAGCAAAAGAAACGCGACCGGGAGACAAGCGCGACGAUACAACGAGCGGAAUUGCAUUUUCAGAAAGAAACGGAAAGAUUAAGAGAGCAACACGAAAUUGCCAAGAGGAAUUUCGAGGAAUCCUUGAGAAAAGAAUGGCUCGCGUGGGCGGAUAAUUAUAAACAGGAACAAAGCGUGACUCUCACAAAGGCGGAGAGCGCAAUUCGUAACAAUUGUCAAAAGGAGAGGGACAAGCAGAUAGAGAUCGCUAUAGUUAGAUUAGAAAAAGAAUCUUGUGAAACGCAAGCUAAGCUGCAGCAAAGUUUCGAUAAUAAGUUGGAACUGGUGAAAGAGGAUUGUGACGCAAAAUUGCAAGCCGCUGUUAAAAGCGAGGGCAUUUAUAAAAAUAAAUUACUAUUGCUGGAAGAAAGAUACAAAUGUACGGAAAUCCAGUUUCAGAAAACAGAAAAUAAAUUAAAAGAAUGCAUAUCCAACCUCAAUAAUAUGAAUGAGAUGAUGGUACGGUUAACUGCAGAGAGAGACGAUGCAAAAAAGAUGGCACGGCAGGAAAUUGAGACGGAAAAAAGGGAGCUGGAAGAUAAAAUUGCAUCGCUUUAUCAAGAGAUAACACAGAAUAAUAUUAACAGAGAUCAACUUAUGGCACAGUUGCAUAGCAGGAUAAAACUUAUAGUCACUCAAAAAGUUUUAAUUAUAAAGAGCCUCAAUAAAAAACUUAACGACGCUAAUUCAAGACGUGAACACCUGGAAAAAUUACUGGAUCAACAAAGAAAGGAAUACAUUUUGAAAACUUUGUAAAUAACUUAAUGUAUAAGACUCUAUGUGUAUAUAUGUUUAUGUGAGGAUAAAUUAAUUUUUAGUAUGAAAAUAUCUUUUCCAUCUUUAAGAAGCAAAUUAUUUGUCAUGAAUUGUAUGCACUACAAAAUAUAACAUUAUACGAUACCAUAUCGAUAAUUGAUAUCUUUGAUCCUACAUAUAAGAUAAAAAAUGUUUUUUUACAUGAUAUAUACUCAUUGAAAAAAAUUUUAAUGACGUAUAAAAUAUAAUCUCGAGAUUGUUCUAUACACGAUUUCACAUAUAUAAAAUCAAAUGCAUUUAUAAUAUCCUAAAGGUUAACCGUAGCUCUUCAUUAUUUAUGUUGCAUGUCUUCUCAUUGUUCAAAUAUAUGUAAUAGCGAUUUAAACUUACGUAUAUUAUACGUGCGUAUAUAACAUAUCCAUUAUACUUAAUUAAAAUGCGAUCUCUUUACAAAUCGGACAUCAUUAAUGUCAUUAGCCAAGUUUAUUUGUGCUGCCCAAAAAAA